GUGAAAGCAAUUCAUUGUUUGCGCUUGUCACCGUUCCCUCUUUUUUCCAUUUCGGGAUUCCACAAUUCUUCUAUUCUCUCUCUAUCAUUAUCUAUCUAAUCUAUCACUCUUACUACAACCUUCAAUUCAAUUUCUGUUUUGAUUUUUUUUCUUCCAAUUUUACUAGGGUUUAAUUGCACCCUCAAUGCAGUAAUCAAUCUCACACGAUACCGUUCCUUAUUCAUUCAUUCUUUCGGAUCUUAAUUAAUAGCUUUUUGCAGCCAUGGCGUUUGAUCAAAAUUCCGUUCCUAUGGAUCUUCGUCCGUUAAACGUAGUUCCGGGGAUGGCGGAGGAACCCCUCAUUUCGCCGGUAACCGUCACGCCACCACCGACUCCGAAUUCGGCUCGCGAGCUUUUCUACCAGCCAGCGGUCUCCGCAACGUGGCACGUUUGCUCCAUUGCGCAUACCAAUGCGAACUCUGCUCCUUUUGGUUUUAACUACGGUGGUUCUGGUUUCGGUAAUCGUGUUGUGACUGGGAAUGCUAUGAAUUUGGGGAACUGGGUGGGGGCUAAUGGAUUGGAUAGGGUUAGCAAUGAUGUAAAUGGUUUUGGUGGUGCUGCUCUUCGGGGGAAUAGAGUGGUUGAUCAGGUUCAGGUCGGUGAUGAGGGUGGGGAUGAUUUGGUUUCAGGGAGGAAAGUGAAGUUUUUGUGUAGUUUUGGUGGGAAGAUAUUGCCUAGGCCUAGUGAUGGAAUGUUGAGAUAUGUUGGAGGGCAAACGAGGAUCAUUAGUGUUAGGAAAGAUGUUAGUUUCAAUGAUUUGGCGCAGAAGAUGGCUGAUACUUAUGGCCAGCCUGUGGUUAUCAAGUAUCAGCUACCCGAGGAGGAUCUUGAUGCUUUGGUGUCUGUUUCAUGCCCUGAUGAUGUUGAGAAUAUGAUGGAGGAGUAUGAAAAAUUGGUUGAGAGAUCUCCGGAUGGUUCUGCAAAGUUGAGGGUUUUUCUGUUUUCGGCUUCGGAGACUGAACUUUCUGGUGGGAUGCAGUUUGGGGACUUGCAAGAUACCGGGCAGAAGUAUUUUGAUGCUGUGAAUGGAAUUGGUAUUGCGGAUGGGAAUGGGGAUAGUGCUGGAAUCAAUAGGAAGGAGAGCAUCGCCAGUGCAGCUUCAACCCAGAAUUCUGAUUUGAGUGGGAAUGAGAUUAUUGACGGUUCAAUUGCUAGUCCAGGGGAUGUCAGUGGGGCGCCUGUGUCGCCACCUAAGGAGAAUGUGGCAGCUUCUCAAGACACGAGUGCAAAUUUGGCAGUUUUGGAGCCCGGUGCAGCAGUUUACUCAGGUGCUUUUGCGGUUUCAUCGGCCAUGCCUGUGGCUAAGACUAGUCCAACACAAACUCCAUAUUUCCAGAAAGAGGUAGAGUUAGAAAAGUCUGUGCCUGUUACUGUAUCCCAGCAGCCAUAUGGAUUGCAGCCAUCUGGAACGGAAAUUUCAAUACCUUCACGUUAUUUGCAGCCAUUUGUUGAUCCAGGCAAGGAGGUUGUGAACCAUGCAGAUUAUGUCCAGCUGCCUUCCUCGAUGGGGAUGACAAAUCAGCUUUUAGGGAAGACUGGGCCUGUCUUCACCCAACAGCAGUUUCAUGAUAAUAGCCCUGGUUUAGCAUUCCAUCAGGUCAUCCCUGGGGUACGAAUGACAAUGACGCAAUCAUCUUCUCAUGUUGGUGUAAGGCCCAAUGCUAUUCAACCACAACCAUUGGUGCAACCUCAGCAACAACGUUUGGAUAAAUAUAAUGAUGAAAAUGCAUCAGGGAUAAGGAUUGUCCAGCUUCCUGCUGAACGCAGCUAUAACGCAUACCAGGUUCCAGUGAAUCAAGUCCCAUCUGUCAUAGUUGGAGGUAAUUAUGGCUGGGUUCAGGUUCCUCCACAAGAGCAUGUCGUUUUCUCUGAUGGGUUAUUACCUCAACAACAUGUAAUGAUCCCUGAGAAUAUCCAAAGAGUCGAGGACUGUUUUAUGUGUCAGACAAAACUACCUCAUGCACAUUCAGAUCCCGUUCCUCUGGUUCAGGAUCAGCGUAAUAGUGGUGUGGGUCCAAUUCAUGAUUUAUCCCCAAGUCACCGUAGUUUCCCAAUGGAGGACAGUAUGAAAGUUCAAGCAACAAAUUGGGUUAUGCCUAUGGUGACUGCACCCUUGAAGGAAGGCAUUGUUGAACAAGGGGCUGGGACCAGGCCAAGGGUUGUUGGCAAAUUGGAACCUCCAGAUGGAGUAAAUCGUACUGAUACAACUGACCUUUCUCAUAAUAUUGAGCCACAGACUGUAGGCGGGAGGGUCUUUAAACAAAAGCUAGAAGAAUUUGAUCAACCCAGGAAUUCAUUUUUCCAGGAAGAGAUUGGAAGGACAGGUAGAGAACAGUCUCUCAAUGAUGGGCUCAUGGGAACCGCACCACUGUCUUAUCCAGAAGAUGUUGUUGACCAGCACACAGUACCAACAGAAAACUGGGUUAAACAUGAUGUGCUUGUUGACAAAACUGUCAAUAAUGAUAUAACUGUCGUUGAUGGAACAGCUAAACAAACUUCAGAGUGUAUGGUUCAAGGAUCUCUAAAAGAAUAUACUAAUGAGCCUACUGGUGUUGUUUCUAAGUCAGACGUAGUAGAUAAUUGGAUUAGAAAAGACCAUCUAAAACCUAUUGAUGGAAGGAUGGACACCUGCAAGUUAUGCAAUCCUGAAGUUUAUGUAAGUAAUGAUCAAUGUUUUCUCCAAAGUAGGAAUGAUAACUUAGAUUACGACACUCGCCAUUCCGUAGAGGAAGAGGUGAUUCUGGAUAACUUUGUCAGGUCAAAAUUGAUAGUUGAUCCCAAUCAAAAUAAGAUUACAGGUGUGCUGCCUUGUUCUUCUACUGAAAUUUCAUAUGGGCACAAUUCCAGGCCAGGUGAAUAUGAGGCCAUACAUGCCCCUGUUUGGGGCAUUCCUGGUUCAAAUCCUCAAUCAAAUAUUGGAACCCACCAAAAGGAUGACACAGCAUCAUCCGCAACAUCACCCUCUGUCAGGUUUAGAGAAGUGCAGGAUACUCCAAGCUCACUUUUCAGCAAUCAGGAUCCCUGGAGUAUACAGCAUGGUACCUUCUUUCCACCUGUCAUGCCUAGCAAAGCUUUAUUAAAGAAAGAAACCUCUUCUCGGAAGGAUCAUUUUGGUGAAAAUCCGGGCAACAGUGCGGAACAAAGUUUAAAGUCACAAUUGGAUGAUGACCUCUACCAGUCAUUCAAACAAAAUUUGACUUUUGAGCAUGGUCGGUCUGCCAAAGGCUCCACUGAAGACCAACAACUUCAAGCUGUUGCUGAAGAUGUUGCAGCCUCUGUUCUGCACUCAAGAACUCUUUCAAAUCCUGAAGAGUUUGAGGAUGGCAAUGCUUCAAAUAAUCCGAUAGAUGUGAAGUGCAGAGAUAAAACUCAGGAUGUCAACAGCAAGCCACUGGAAAAGGGAAAUUUUGGCUUUCCAGCAACAGGUGUUGGAAAAUUACAGGUUAUAAAGAAUUGUGAUCUUGAAGAACUGACAGAACUCGGUUCUGGUACCUUUGGGACUGUAUAUCAUGGAAAAUGGAGGGGUUCUGAUGUUGCAAUCAAACGGAUUACUGAUAGGUGUUUUGCUGGAAAGCCUUCAGAGCAAGAGCGCAUGAGAGAUGACUUCUGGAAUGAGGCAAUCAAGCUUGCCGACUUGCACCAUCCAAAUGUGGUAGCUUUCUAUGGUGUUGUGCUUGAUGGCCCUGGAGGUUCUGUGGCAACAGUAACCGAAUAUAUGAUUAACGGUUCUCUGAGAAAUGUCUUGCAGAAGAGUGAGAGGAAUCUUGAUAGGCGCAGGCGUCUUUUGAUUGCAAUGGAUGUGGCCUUUGGUAUGGAGUACUUGCAUGGAAAAAACAUAGUACACUUUGACUUGAAAAGUGACAACUUGCUUGUGAAUCUCAGAGAUCCACACCGUCCAAUAUGCAAGGUUGGUGACUUGGGUCUGUCCAAAGUAAAAUGUAAAACGCUGAUCUCUGGCGGUGUUAGAGGAACUCUACCAUGGAUGGCUCCAGAACUGCUCAACGGAAGCAGUAACCUUGUUUCAGAGAAGGUUGAUGUGUUUUCAUUUGGCAUUGUAAUGUGGGAACUUUUGACUGGAGAAGAGCCGUAUGCCGACUUGCAUUAUGGUGCUAUUAUCGGUGGUAUUGUGAGCAACACUUUGCGCCCUCCUGUUCCUGAAUCUUGUGAUCCAGAAUGGAGAUUGUUGAUGGAGAGGUGCUGGUCAUCGGAGCCAAUAGAGAGACCUACCUUCACUGAUAUUGCCAAUGAAUUACGUUCUAUGGCAGCCAGGAUCUCUCCUAAAGGACAAAACCAACAGUUGCAACCCUCUUCGUUGCAGACUCAAGUCCAGAAAUAAUUUUUGCUUUGUGUUUUUCAUCCAAUUGACUGACCGAUGCAUUAUUCAAUAUCUAUUACAGGGAAGGGAAAAUUUAUUAAUUAGUUCAGACAGAUAGUUUACUAAGGUUGUUAAUAAGUGUCAGGCUUUUUUUUAGCUUUGCUGCAUAUUCUUCUAUUACAUCCAACCCUCAAUGAACAUUAUGAAAUGUGUCAUUUGAGUGUGCCAAAAAAGGAAAUUCAUUGUCAAUAUUUUGAUCUUUUUAAAAUGCAUAUUGUAAAGAGUUAUACCGGUUAUUG